AAGGCCGAUUGAGAAAGAGACCUUGCUGACGGAGUCCGUUCCUCCACGAGCAGAAGCCCCGCAGCACGAAGGCGUUUGGGGCGGUGUUUGAUGAUUGAUUGUGUGGCAGCCCUGGAACAGCAGACUACAAAAGUGAAAAACAAAAACAUUGAAAUGAACGUCUGGCUUUGACUUCAGUGGACAUCAGUGACAUUUAACAGUUUACGCCUGCUUUAAUUAAUCUGUCAUUAGUUAUAAAUUGUCUGUUUUUCAACAACAAAAAUGGCUUUUGUACUGGGUUCACCACUAUUAAGGCACAUAACCAAGCUGUCAUCGCAGACUUGUGCCCUCAGUAUCAAAGAAAAUUACACAAUUCAGUGCAAUGGUUUGUGGAGGGUUUCCAUGCCUUUCUCAACUACUACUACCGAUCCGAAAGUCGACAUGAAACCGAAAGAAGGAAAGAUUUGUGCCUGGCAAGUCCAUGCCUACGGGGGUGUGGAGGAGCUGCAACUGUCAUGCUCAGUUCGGGAACCUGUGAUCUCCAAACCAGAUGAUGUGCUGGUCAACGUAUCUGCAAGCUCCGUCAAUCCCAUUGAUGUUGCCAUGAUGAAUGGAUAUGGAGCAACACUCUUUAACAAAAUACGACAGGCCAUGCAAACAAAAUCUAGCGAACCCAGCAUUGAAUUCCCCCUGACUCUAGGACGGGACUUUGCUGGUAAAGUCAUUGCAGUUGGUCAUAAUGUCAUAAAUAUCAAGCCAGGAGACGAUGUGUGGGGUGUGAUCGCACCGACAAGUCAAGGCUGUCAUGCACAGAAAGUUGUACUUAGUCAAAGUAAUAUUCGUCCCAAGCCAAAGAAUUUAACCAUGGAAGAAGCUUCAUCCAUACUAUAUGCAGCUGUUACUGCAUGGUCUGCUCUACGAAUAACUGGCGAUUUGCUGGUCACUGGAGCCAGGGGAAAACGAAUUCUUGUGUUGGGUGCAGCUGGUGGUGUUGGAUCAGUCGCUGUUCAAAUGGGAAAGGCAUGGGGUGCUGCGGUAGUUGGUACAUGCCGCUCAGAUGCAGUUCCCCUUGUUCAAUCUCUUGGAGCAGAUGCUGUCAUUGAUUAUGCAUUGCCUGAUAGCAAUGACAGGUUGAGGUCAGAAGGACAGUUUGAUGUAAUAUUGGAUGCAGCUGGUCUUGGCCCUGAUGCUGGCCCAUAUGCGUCUUGUUUGAAGCAAUGGUCAAAUGCCAAGUACAUAACACUUCGCAGCCCUCUGCUUAAAAAUUUCGAUGAGCAUGGAUUGGUCCUAGGGGCAUUGAAAAGUGCAGCCGACCUAGUUCAACCAAAUAUUACAACUGGAGCUCUAUCGCAAGGAGCCACAAUGAGAUGGGGCUUCUUCAUGCCAUGCAAUGCCGCCUUGGAUGAAAUACAACUUUUAGUUGAGGCGGGAAAGGUAUCUCCAUGCAUUCAGAAAGUAUUCCCCUUUGCUGAUCUGCCUAAAGCUUACCAGAUGGUUUUGGACGGCCACUUACGUGGUAAAGUUGUAGUGUCACUUUAGUCACAGAAAUAUUAAAAUGUUAUACAUCCAGAGAGGAUUUGUUGCUGAAUAAUGAAAUGUGGGAGGAACAAGGAAAUUAUAGAAUAAUAUGACGCAUUAAAUUAAAGAAAUAAUGGCAAAUAUAAAA